UAUUAUCCAAUCAAAAUAAAUCACUAAAAUAAAACAUCAUUCUAUGUGCAUAAAUAGGCUCUCUCAAUCACUCAUUUACUCAUCCCAUUCCAAUAUUCUCUCUUCUUAAUUAGCAAUUAAUUAGUAGCUAAUUCCUUGUUUCUCUCUCAAGAAACAAUGACUAAGGAUGUGGAAGCAGUAACAGAGCAAUCUGCACAGCCAGAAUUCUCAGCAAAGGAUUACCAUGAUCCACCACCAGCGCCCCUUAUUGACUUAGAGGAGCUUACAAAAUGGUCAUUUUACAGGGCUAUUAUAGCUGAGUUUGUGGCUACACUCCUUUUCCUUUAUAUAACUAUUCUUACUGUCAUUGGUUACAAAAGCCAGACUGAUACUACUGCUGGUGGUGAUGAUUGUGGUGGUGUUGGUAUCCUGGGUAUCGCUUGGGCCUUUGGUGGCAUGAUCUUUAUCCUUGUUUACUGCACUGCCGGAAUCUCAGGAGGACACAUAAACCCAGCAGUGACCUUUGGACUGUUCUUGGCAAGGAAAGUCUCACUACCAAGGGCAUUUUUCUACAUGGUAGCUCAAUGUCUUGGUGCCAUUUGUGGAGUUGGGUUAGUAAAGGGCUUCCAAAAGGCUUACUAUGUCAGGUAUGGUGGAGGUGUUAAUCAAAUGUCUCCUGGUUACAACAAGGGAACUGGUCUUGGUGCUGAAAUUAUUGGCACUUUUGUUCUUGUUUACACUGUCUUUGCCGCUACUGACCCUAAGAGGAACGCGAGGGACUCUCAUGUUCCUGUAUUGGCACCACUUCCCAUUGGUUUCGCAGUAUUUAUGGUUCAUCUUGCUACCAUCCCAAUCACUGGUACCGGAAUCAACCCUGCUAGGAGUUUCGGAGCCGCAGUGAUCUACAACCACGAGAAAUCAUGGCAUGAACACUGGAUUUUCUGGGUGGGACCAUUUGUUGGAGCAGCAAUAGCAGCAUUCUACCACCAGUACAUUCUUAGAGCUGCAGCAAUCAAGGCUUUGGGAUCUUUCAGGAGCACUGCUUAAUCCAAAAAUCUAUGUUUUUAUUUAUGGGGUUAAUGAAGGGACCAUUAAAACUGUAGAUAUUAAAAAUGGGCUUAAUUAUUAAGAGGGUGUUUUUGGUCACUUCCCAAUUUGUUUUUUUUUUUUUUUCAAACUUAUUGUUUGGUGUAUGUUUUUUUUUUGGUGAAAUAUUUUGCAAAGAUGCUUGUGUAGUGUUGUCAAGUGAUGAUUGCACAUAAUUAAAUUACAUUAUCUUUGUUUUUGUUUGGUAUUAUUCACUUUUCAUGGUUGGCAUUAUAAAUUACUUCUAUGUGUUUAUUU